AUGGUAAGACCCGAGCAAGCCAUUUUUCCAAUUCUUAUCACAAUUUUAAUAAAAAGCAAUGUGAUCAAUGCAAAAUUACCAGAUAGCUCAUUCGGACUUCUUUCAAAAAUUCUUGGCAAAUAUUCUCGGAGCCCUCUCGUUGUAGUGGUUGAUACACCUUCGGAGUCUAAUAAUCUUCUGCUGAGGUCUUCUCUCGAUCAACCACUACGAAGUUUUAAUGAUGCAAUAGAUGAGGAAAAAACUCUGCGGUAUGUCAAAGACAUUUUGAGGUCUACUGGAGAUGAAAACGACCCAGACGUAGCAGAAACCAACUUAAAAUUUCAGAAAGCGCUGCGUUCUCGAUGUGAAGCAUAUCUUGAAUGCAAAGUAAAAUGUCGACCCAAGAAAAGUAAAGACAAGUGUAAAAAAAGCUGUCAAGAUGUAUUUGAUUAUCUCAUGACGUGCAAUCCUCCAGGAAAAAAGAAAACUUUUUACUAUUGUGGUCCACACUGUGGAAGGACCAUGCCACCAAAAUGGUGGUGGGAUCACUUUAUUUCAACAGUGCUUAUUGUUUCUUUUCAGAAUGUCCAAACAGCGUCAGUUGGUGAUUAUUCAGAUCUUGUAUCAAAUCUCUACCAGAGGGCUGCAAUAGAAGACCGUCCUGUAGUAUUAAUCUUGGCAAAUAACCAUCAUCAUCAUAAUAAGCAAUUUCCCCGUCAGCCGAAUGACAGAAAUGUAGACAAUAACAGAAAUGAUGAUGGUGAAGAUGUUCCUUACCCGUUUUUGUACCUUUAUAAACUAGCUCAUGAGGCAAAAGCAGUUAACAAUAGAAAUGAAGACAGAAAUAACGACAGAAAUUUUAACAGAAAUGAUGACAGAAAUAACGACAGAAAUUAUGUCAGAAAUGAUGACAGAAAUGAUGACAAAAAUAAUGACAUAAAUUAUAACAGAAAUAAUGACCGAAAUAACGACAGAAAUUUUAACAGAAAUGAUGACAGAAAUGACGACAGGAAUGACGACAGAAAUUAUGACAGGAAUGAUGAUAGAAGUAAUAGAUACUUCGCUAGCAGCAGAGCACCUGUGCAUAUUCAGAUGCUUACAACUCCAUGUUCUAAACGUUUUAAGAAAUUAAUAAUACUUGAUAGUAUCCCUCUUCUGAUUAUUUGCCGAUUCAGAAAUGUGAAAGAAAUUUCAAGUAAUGACGUAAUCUGCCCAACGGCUUCACAUGGAGAAUAUUCGAAUAUUAAUAAACGACUAUCAAAUCCAAAUGCUCCUAUAAUACUUAUUAUUGGUAGCAAUCUCAAACAGAAUCAUAGAAAUCUGCCAUAUUCAAACCGAUUGGCAAGAAAUAACCAAUUAUCGCCAGACAUCAGUAACUUAUUAGCAAGCCUAUUUUCAUACAAAACAUUAUCAAACGCUAAGACUCACAGAAGACCUAAAUACCAUACCAAAAAUGAUAGACAUAACAGAUAUCGUGCAAGCAGCCAUUACAAUAAAAAUAAAAAGAAUGCCCAAAGUUAUAGCAAAAAUGAUAGAAACGAUGACAGAAUUUACAACGAUAAUGAUAAUUACAAUACUAUAAUACUUGACAAGAACGAUAAAUUAAACUAUGAUGGCAAUAAUUAUAGAAAUAAUAGAUAUAUUUCUAAAAAUAACAACUAUAGAAAUCAGGACAGAGAUAAAAGAUAUAAUGAGAAACGCAAUCGAUUAGAUGUUGAUGGGGAUGCACCUUUAGUAAAGACCCUCUUACGUGUGUCAAAUGCUAUGGGAAAGGAUUCUUGCGAAGACAGUGACAGUUGUGAAGAGCAAGCAACAACCACAGAAGAUCCGUGUGAUCAUAGUAGUAACUCAUGUGAUGAAGGAUCCGAUGACAAUAUAAGUACAAGAGGAGUACCAUCAGAUUUUACUUUAGACACUGAAGUGAACAGAUAUCUUGAUAGCGUGGAUGAUGCAAGGCCUAGUGUUGAUAGUUCGCAAUAUCGAUAUUAUCCGGGAGCUGAGAGAGAUACUUAUGAUUACAACAAUGAGAGAUUCGGCAUGCACAAAACUACCAUAAUAGAAUCAAUAGUUCAUAUGAUCAAGGGCGCAACGGGAGCAGGUGCUGGGGUGAUGACUAUGCAUGAAGCUUUCAUGUACGGUGGCCUUUGGACUUCUCUGGUCGCCACUUUCUGUAUAGGAUUAAUUAAUACUUAUAUUAUGUAUAUGGUAGCCAAAUGUGCCCAUUUAAUGUACAUUAGACUAAGAAUGUCUAAACUAUCCUACCCAGAUUUAGCCGAAGUGGCAGCUGCUACUGGAUCUUGGAAAGGCUUUAGAAGGUUUAGCAAACAGUUCAGAUUUACCGUAGAUAUUUUAAUAGCCCUUUAUAUGUAUGGGACCUGUUGCGUGUACCAAAUCAUAAUAGCUAAUACAUUUAAACAGGCACUGGAAAUAGUUAGUUCUGACAUAAGAGAGUGGUUUAAUGAUGAUAUAAGACUCUACAUAUUAAUGAGCACUCCAGUCUUGAUGUUGCUAUGUUUAAUACGGAGUCUAAGGUUCUUGGCACCUUUUUCUAUACUGGCAGAUAUAUUUAUUGCUGUGUGCAUCUUGGUUACGCUGUAUUACAGUUUUCAAACAAAUCAAAAUAUCUCUGAUCGUCCAGCGUGGAAGAACUUUAAUAAUUUUUGGACAUUUUGUGGAAUAUGUAUAUAUUGCACUUGUGGCAUUGCGGUGUGUUUGCCAGUAGAAAAUAACAUGAGGCAACCACGGUAUUUUGUCCAUGUUUUAAAUUGGGCCAUGUUUAUAGAAGUGACAUUGAUAGCACUGGCGGGUUUUUUCGGAUAUUGGGGAUGGGGUGAAGAUUGCAGAAGUCCAGUAAAUGUGCAUAUGCCUCACAAUGUGUUUUCAGGGAUUUUACAACUCCUCCUGGGUUUAAUGUUGUGCGUGAUAUUUGUUGUACAAUUUUGGGUAGCUUUCAAGAUAAUUUGGUAUUACGUUAGCAAAAGAACUUCCCAUCAUUUCUCAGUUAGAUUUGAGAGAAUAUUUCGUCUAUUGUUCACUUUGCCGGUGACUUGUAUAUCAAUAUUAUUUUCUGAAGUAAUUCCACUGAUGGCAUUCAUUGGCCUCUUUAUCUUGGCUUUCGUCAAUUUUAUAUUUCCGGCUUUCAUAGAAAUUUUGAUUACUUGGAAUUAUGACCGGACGCUUAACAUUAGAUGGAGAAUCAUGAAGAAUUGUAUAAUUAUAAUUUUUGGAUUUGUAAGUUGUGGAAGUGCAGUCUAUUUAACUUUAGUGAGGAAUUUCUUGAUGGAAGGAAGGAAACAAGAAUAUGACUAUGUCAGUCAUAGACCACCUCACAAAGGAACUACAGUUUUGGAAGCCACCGGACAUUUAAUCAAAGGAUGUCUCGGGGCUGGUAUAUUAGGUAUACCAGAAGGCUAUAAAUUAUGCGGCCUGUGGACGGCCGCUAUAUUUACUGUCAUAUUUGGAGUAUAUAUCACCUAUUGUGUUUAUAUGUUAGUAACAUCAGCCCAAAAGUUAUAUGUGCAGCUUCAAAUACCACAAAUGUCAUACCCCGACCUUGCCCAAAAAUCACUGGAACAUGGACCAUGGCCCAGGUUUAAGAACUGGGGUAAAUCAUUCAGAUAUGCAGUAGAUUUCAUAAUUUGCGUAGACUUGUUUGGUUCGUGCUGCGUGUAUGAAAUCAUAAUAGCGAAAACUAUAUAUCAGCUCUCAAAUCCCGAGCAUGUCGGUGACCCUUCUGAUAAUGCAUUACGACUGUACAUAUUACUGGUUCUCUUUCCUGUGAUUCUGUUGUGUAUGAUAAGAUCCCUCAAGUACCUAGCACCGUUUACACUUGUGGCUGACUUCUUCAUUGUAAUGUGUGUCAUAGCAACUGUUGUAUACGGUGUAGAAAAGGCCCCUCCUCUAAGCGAAAUGCCAGCUUUUACUGACUUUAUGAAAUUUUUCGAGUUUUCUGGUAUAGUGGUAUUUAGUAUGGAAGGAGUUGGAGUGGCACUACCCAUAGAAAAUACCAUGAAGGACCCCAGGAAGUACCAUAUAGUGUUAAUUGCUGGAAUGUCUGUAGUGGUAAGCUUCGUAUUAACUACUGGAUUCUUUGGAUACUGGGGUUUUGGCGAAAAUACACUGAGUCCAAUUACCCUGAAUUUUCCUAGCAGUAUAUUCCCGACUAUCUUAAAAGCACUCAUAGGCGUAAUGAUUUAUGUGACUUUUGGUCUAAACUUUUGGGCUCCAUUUAACUUGGUUUGGUAUUAUUUGAAAAAGAGACAUCCCGAGGAGAAGCACUAUAUAUGGGAGAGAGUAUACCGAGCUAUUAUUGUAACAGCGGUUACUGGUGUCGCAAUAGCGUUUCCGAGGCUGGGGCCCUUGAUGGGAUUGAUGGGUUCGUUUUGUCUAUCGAACAUGGGUUUCAUAUUUCCAGCUUUAAUUGAAACCGCUGUAAUAUAUCAUCACCCUGGAUUUGGUGUUAUGAAAUGGCGUCUCGUCAAGAACAUUAUUAUUGUCGUUGUGGGCUGUGUAUUGUGUUGUUCGGGAACCUUCUUUAGCGCUCAAGCAUUAUUGAAGUAG